AUGCAAGGCGCUACACAGGCUACGAACGAUGAGGUGGCCGCUGAAGAGCGGAGGAGGACCGAACGCAUUCAGCGUCAGCGGAAGGAGCGUCGCGCACGACGCAUGGCGGAAUGGGUGACCGAGCUCCGCAUUAUGGAGGACGAUGACUUCGUCAACGUCUUCCGCAUCUCGCCUGAACUGCUGGAGUACAUUGCACCUGUCAUGGCCCUCCCCAUGAGCCACUUCGUUGAGAAGCUCGGGAUCCCGCUGGACCUAUGCGUUCUCAUCCCUAUCAAGUACUUUGCCAGCGCCAUGACCUUCAUCGACCUAGGCCUCUACUUCGAUCUGCCCAAGACCAUUGUGCACAGGAUUGUCGAGGCCUUCCUCGUGCACUUCCCCCGGCGGUUCAAGAAGACCUGGGUGCGCUUUCCCACAGCAAAGGAGAUGGCCGAGAUGGCAACGGACUUCAAGGAAGUACGGGGUGGCAUCUUCCAGCAGUCUGAACUGCACGCCCGCCUAGAGCGUGGUGACCUCGGACCGUACCAGAUCGUCGGCGAUGCUGCCUACCCGCUGCGCAGCUACUGCCUCACUCCUGUCAACGCAUCCCGCCGGCGCUUGAUGAAGAGCUGGGAGCAGACGUAUAACUACGUCCAUUCCGCCACCCGCAUGGUUGUGGAGCGGACCAUUGGUGCGCUCAAGGGGAGGUGGCGUCUGUUCGGGCGGCGCCACGAGAGCAAGUUGACGCGUGUGUGA